AUGCCGUGUGUCAAAAGGAAAAGAGAUCAGGCAGAAAGAGAGCUAAGUGGGAAUACAAGGCAUACUGUGUCAAGGGCAAGCAUUCCUCUAAGAUGUACCAUUUGCCACCAAACUGGCCACAACAAAGCCACAUGCCCAAGUAAGCCAACUCCAGCUCCAAGCACAGCAGGUCCAAGUCAAUCAACUCCAACUUCAAGCACAGCAGGUCCAAGUCAAUCAACUCCAGCUCCUGUCAAGAGAACUCCUGUGAAGAAGGCUCCUGUGAAGAGAAGUCCUAUGAAGAAGGUUCCUUUGAAUGAUGCUGGUAGGGUGAGAAAGUUUUCAGAAAGAAUCACAGAAAUUGGUCUUCAGAAAAAUGUUAAACUCAAGGAUGGAACUGGAUGCAGCCAAGACAAACCUAUGACCUUAAAGUAA